AUGGCUGAAUUUCGAGAAUUAGAGGAAGAAACGCAGGACGUCGAAAGUCGAAACCCGCAGCAAAAAAAGUUCAUCGCUGAUCAACGGCCAAGAAAGGCUCCGGGCCAACUUAAAUCCAGCGCAAGGACAUCAAUCAGCAGCUCCUGCAACCGCGGUGGAAGAAUAAAGCAGCGAGCAGAGGUUCAAGGAAGACGCAGGAGCCUGGAACAUUUUAUCUCAAGAGAAGUUAUUUGCGGUGUGUAUCAAUUGGCGCAGGCUAAGAGUUUUUUCGCAACCGUUGCUCUGCGCAAGAAGUGGCGGGGAGUCAAGUUAACUAUCCAGUUCCGCAGCGCAAACCAGGUCUACAACAAACAGAGGGAAGGACGAGAAGGAACGCUGAUUUGA